AUGGAAAGGAAUUGCCCCAAGAAAGCCGUCCAUUUCGGCGCCGGCAAUAUUGGUCGUGGUUUCGUCGCUUGCUUCUUACACAACUCUGGCUAUGAGGUCAUCUUCGCCGAGGUGAACGACACAACAGUGAACAAGCUCAAUGCGCAGAAGAGCUACAAGGUGAUCGAGGUCGGUGCCGACGGGACGACGGAAUCCACCAUCACAAACUACCGUGCCAUCAAUUCGAGGACACAUGAAGCUGAGCUAGUGCGGGAAAUCGCGACGGCGGACCUGGUUACCUGCUCCGUCGGCCCUCACAUCCUAAAGUUCAUCGCCCCGGUCAUCGCCAAGGGUAUCGACCAACGCUCGCCAGAUCUCUGCCCAGUCGCCGUGAUUGCGUGUGAAAACGCUAUCGGCGCCACGGAUACGCUUGCCGAAUUCAUCAAGGCCCCUGAGAACACGUCACCCGACCGGCUCGCAGACUACGAUAAGCGGGCGGCAUUUGCCAAUUCGGCCAUUGAUCGCAUCGUCCCGGCACAGGAUCCCGAUGCCGGCUUGGACGUCAAGCUCGAAAAAUUCUACGAGUGGGUUAUCGAAAGCACCCCCUUCGGCGAGUGGGCGCCGCCCGACAUCAAGGGUGUCAACUGGGUCGAAGACCUGCAGCCCUUCAUCGAGCGCAAGCUCUACACAGUCAACACAGGCCACGCGACUGCGGCGUAUCACGGCUACAACCGGCGCAAGAGCACCGUGUACGACGCGCUGCAGGACCGCGACAUCCACCAAGAAGUCAAGAAGGCCCUCGAAAACACCGCCAGCCUCAUCACCGAGAAGCACGGCAUCCCGCACGAGGAGCAGCAGGCGUACGUCGACAAGAUCGUACGCCGCAUCAGCAACCCGCAUCUCGAGGACGCCGUCGAGCGGGUGGGCCGCGCCCCGCUGCGGAAGCUAAGCCGCAAGGAGCGGUUCAUUGGCCCCGCGGCCGAGCUGGCCGAGCAAGACAAGGACUGCCAGGCGCUGCUCGACGCGGCCGAGAUGGCGUUCCGCUUCCAAAAGGUCGAGGGCGACAAGGAGUCGUUUGAGCUCGCCGAGAUCAUGGAGAACAACCAGCCCGACGAGGUCGUCAAGCAGGUCUGCGGUCUGCAGCCCGACGAGAAGCUCUUCCCCAAGGUCGUCGAGGUCGUUAAGCGCGUCCAGGCUGAUCUGCGGGAUGACUGA